UUAUUUACGACCGAUCGACAUCGUAAAUGAGCCUUUCCCUAAUCUGAAAAGUUUUUUUUCAAAAUGCGAUCUAUCUGUCUAGGGAUCUAUGAUCUCUAUAUAUGAGUUUUGUAUAAAAAAUGUAUUCAACGUAUUACAAAGACGUUCACUUACGACGUCGAAAAAUUGAUUUUAUGUCGAAAGGACUACUAGGGCCUAUAUUGAUCGGACAUAUUUUGAUCAUAUCUUUUUUUUAACGAUCUGUAUAUCUAACAAUGAGAUCCGUAGGCCCACUGUUCACGCAGCGGCGCUUCAUAAAAGCAUAAGCGCAGUCUAUUAGACGCGACGUCCAUACGAAGCGUACAGUAAGAUACAUUUUGUCUGGCAAAAUGCGAAGCGACGAGGAAAACGCGUUCAUCCUACAUCGGCAGAUUCGUUUAUAGACGUAACCUGUCGCAUCGUACGCGUACGCCUCGCUACUGACAAUAGCGAGUUAACGCCAGCCGUCACGAUGAAAACGCGUAACGACAAAGACGAGUCGCUACUGUUCCUGAUGGACAGGUGCACGUUUUACUUUACAAUCUACAAUGACCGCCGCAUGCAAGCGUAUUGUUAACAUUAACGCGUCUAAUACGCUUUCUAUGAAACGACGCUUCGUGGACAGUGGGUGUUAAGCCGAAUUUACACUGUUUCACUUGGAAGGAACACGGCGGAUGAACGCUGCUUUCAUUCUUCUUCCAUCCGUGUAUAAAUCUGUUCAUGUGUUCAGGUGUUCCAUACACGGAUCAAAGCAGCGUUCAUCCGCCGUGUUCCUUCAAAGCGAAACGGUGUAAAUUCGGCUUUAGUCUCUCAGAUAUUUCGUUCUAAUACCAUUCAUCCCUACGCCAGUCCUCUAAUAAAUGAGAAUGAAAUUUUCCUUAUUUUAGAUGAGAUGUCUUGGUUAGAAAAUAUAGCUUCGACAGACCAACAAUAUUCCGAAAAUGUUUUCGAUAUCCCGUCAAUGCCACUGACACCGACUUCUUCUCAGAUGAACGUUCAGAGCCCUUGUUUCCCUGGAAACCGGGAUCCCCCGUUGAGUCACGGAUAUCUUUGGAAUAACUUUUCCAAUCCUAGCAAUAUUUCAACGUCAGUUAACACGUUGAGUGAUCGUGGAUUGUCACCGUUUCAUAGCGCAAAUAUUCAGCAUUCCAAUAGUAAUCGAAAUUAUCGAAUAUACAGAUGGGAGCAAUAUUCGCAGCGAAACUCCACUAUCGAUGAAGAGGAUAUAGUUGACGAGCCGAGGGAAAGAAUAAACAUAAAUUCCACAGAGCAAUCUUUAGAUUUUAUUUGUGAGAGAGCUCAAGAUCGUCAAAUCUCCACGACUACAACGGUAUUUCGCGCUUGGGAAAUUCCGGCAUAUCAGAACACUGGCCAAAACACUGAAAACCAGCUGAAAUGUCGUUCGUGGCAAGAGUCACGGUAUUCGAUUGGCUUGAGCAACAAUUCCUUUGACAAUGAAGCGUGUUCCGUAGAACAAGGUGAGACAAAUAAACGAUUGACUGGCGACAGACCUCGCAAAGAAAGGACUGCAUUUACAAAACACCAAAUUCGCCACCUUGAAUACGAAUUUGCGCAUAGUAAUUAUCUGACACGUUUACGUCGUUAUGAAAUAGCAGUUGCUCUCGAUCUAACAGAACGUCAGGUAAAGGUAUGGUUUCAAAAUAGACGUAUGAAGUGGAAGAGAACAAAAGCAGGAUUAGGAAGUGGAUCAGAAAAAUUUUGAUGAUCCCUGAUUAAUUAUUUCUUUAAUUUUAAACAUCUUAUACAAUGUCCAAUGUAAAUAGUAAAUUAAGUAAAAUCAUGUUAUAAUUAUAACAUUUGUACAUUAUUGUGUUUAAUAAAAAAUUUAUGUAACAUUAUUUAGAGGAAUCUAUU